CGGAGCUCCUGCUCCAUCAAGAGCGGCUGGACAGCCACUGUGCUGGGGUGGUCGAGGCGCUGAAGAAGGAUAGGCUGAUGUUCCAGCAGUUCCAAGAAGAGCAAAACGCGAGGAGCAGAAACUUCCGCCGCAAGAUUUACGACAUGGAGCACGUCUUCUUGAACGCCACACAGAGCCAGAGGCUGGUCACCCUCAGCAGCACACUGCACCAGGAGCUGCUCAGCCACGUUGAUGUCAUCCAGGUGUCCCUGCGCAGCUUCCGCCAGUACUUGGAGGAGAGCCUGGGCAAGCUCCGCUACACCAACAUUGAGUUCAUCAAGCACUGCAGAUUGUUUUCAGAGGGAGGCAACUUUUCUUCUGAAGAAAUUGACUCACUGUGUCAUCGACUGGAGAAGGAAACUGCCCGGAUAGAGUUUGUUGAAAAUUUAAUCAUGAUCAACAUGGAGAAGAUGGAGAGCGAGUACCUGGACCAGGCCAAUGAUGUCAUCAAUAAGUUUGACAGUAAAUUCCAUAACCUGUCUGUGGACCUUAUUUUUGUAGAGAAAAUCCAGCAUUUGCUGACAAAUCUGCAGGUGAACAUCAAGUGUGAGGUAGGACGGAU